UCCCUCACCGGCUCCAGCGUCCGUAAAAAGACGCGUGAGGCUUAGAGAUGCGCUCAAACGCAAUCGGCAAAUCUAACAAGGUUAUGCGAAAUAGCUGGUGCAAAAAUCCUAAGUGGAUGUGACCUUAGACAGCGAUUUGCAGGGUCUGUGCAGUAAAUUCUUGUUUCAAAGAUGGAAGUCCUGAGAGCUACAAAGCGUUUUCUAAAGACCAGAGUAUAAGCGAAUGAGUCUCAGAUACGUUGAGAGUGAAUGAAAUUUAUAUUGGAGAGAAGAUCAUAACAACUAUUUUGCAUAAAAUUCUGCUCAGAAAUAAAAUAAAUGGAGAUGGAGGAACGCUUUUGGAACACAGCUAAGGACAACCUCCUUUGCUGCUGAGAGUCUUGAGGCUGACUGUAUGUUAGAGGAAGUCUUGUGGGGACGGAGCCUCCUCACCAUGAGAGGAGUGCCCCCAGGCUGGCUCAGCGCACUGCUCCUGCUGGCCUUCUCCCAAAGUGUGGCUCCCGUGGUUCUUCACAAUAUCACUCUGCUGGAGGAGAUUCUGGAGAAGUCCUCCGCCUUGGACCGGGAGGCGGAGAUGCCCAGGUCGCGGGGGCGGAGGGCCAUCGCAGAGAGCGACAUGCGGCUGAUCCUAGAUCUGCAUAACAAACUUAGGGGCCAGGUUUACCCACAGGCCUCCAACAUGGAGUACAUGGUCUGGGACACGGAGCUGGAGAGGAGUGCAGAAGCUUGGGCCUACGCAUGCCGCUGGGAGCACGGCCCUGCACACCUCAUGGGUCAGAUCGGACAGAACCUGGGAACUCAUUGGGGAAGAGACCGUCCUCCCACAUUUCACGUUCAAGCCUGGUAUGACGAGGUGAGGGAUUACUCCUACCCGUACCCCCAGGAAUGCAACCCAUACUGCCCAUUCCGCUGCUCGGGACCAGUGUGCACCCACUACACGCAGAUGGUGUGGGCCACCACCAAUCGGAUUGGUUGCGCGAUCAAUGUCUGCUACAACAUGAACGUCUGGGGCAUGAUCUGGGCCAAAGCUGUGUACCUAGUUUGCAACUACUCUCCCCCGGGGAACUGGUAUGGCCACGCCCCUUACAAACAUGGCCACCCAUGCUCAGCCUGCCCCCCCAGCUAUGGUGGAGGCUGCAGAGAUAACCUCUGCUUCAGAGGUGGCGGUGCGGAAGAUCACUACCCCCCAGAGGUGGAAGAGAGCAACUACGUCGAGCCAGAAGACCUAAGGGUUCAACAGCCUGCAGAGAUGACACCCCGCCCAACAUCAGCCCCCCAGCAGAGCAGGGACAGGAAUACCGUACAGGACACGCAGCAGAUGUCUCAACAGGUGUCUUGUGAGACGAAGCUCCGGGACCAGUGCAAAGGAACAACAUGCAACCGGUAUGAAUGUCCAGCUGGUUGCGCCAACAGAGAAUUCAAAGUGAUUGGAAGUGGCUAUUACGACAUGCAAUCGAGUAUCUGUGGGGCUGCCUUGCAUGCAGGAAUAAUAGAUGACUAUGGUGGCUGGCUGGACAUCUCCAGACAAGGACGGAAAGAGUACUUCACCGCAUCUUACAGGAACGGGGUUCAGACAUUGGGAAAAUCCCUGGGUGCAAAUGCCUUCACGGUCUCGAAGGUGCCAGUAAAAGCCAUCACAUGUGACACUACAGUCGCACAGUACUGCCCGUUCAGAAAACCUGUCAGGCACUGCCCAAGACUAUACUGUCCUCGACACUGCCUGCAGGACAGGCACCAAUCCAUGAGAGUCAUUGGAACACGUUUCUAUUCAGAUAAGUCGAGUAUAUGCCGGGCAGCCAUCCACGCUGGGGUCCUGCAGGACGAUGCUGGAGGCUAUCUCGAUGUCAUGCCCAUUGAGAGGAGGAGGGGAUAUAUUGGCUCCUACCAGAACGGUGUUUCAUCAGAGAGCCUACAGAACCCUACAGGAGGUAAAGCCUUCAGAGUGUUCAUGGUCAUCUGAUUAUCUACAAUCGGCGUGUUCACAGUCAUCUACGAUCAGAGUGAUCAUGGUCAAUUGAUUCAUCUACAGUCAGUGUUGUCACAGUCAUCUUAUCUACAAUCAGAGUGAUCAUGGUCACCUGAUUUAUCUGCGAUCAGCAUCUUAUCUACGAUCAGAGUGAUCAUGGUCAACUGAUUCAUCUAUGAUCAGCAUCUUAUUUACAAUCAGUGUGAUCAUGGUCACCGUUCAAUAAUGUUCAAGAUUAUCUGAUUCAUCUACAGUCAGGGUGUGUAUGGUCAUGUUAUUUACAAAGUUCUCAUCGUCGUCUGAUUCAUCUACAUUCAGAGCGGCCAUCAACAUCUACAAUCAGAGAGCCGAUGGUCAUCCUGUCUACAGAAUGUUCAUAGUUAUCCAAAGUGUUCAUGGGUAUCCAGGUGUUUAUAGCCAUCUGAGCUCAGCUUGAAAUUACUAAGAUCCCAUCCAUGAAAACUACAGCAAGGCCUAAAAUUCUGGGCAUGGACCACAGCUCACAUGUUUUCAUUGCCAUUUUUAUUUUUGACUGCAUUGGAAGCAUUACUAUGAAUCCUUAGUGAUAGGUCCAGUAAUCACAAUCAUUCAUUGUGUAAAUAUUAAACUAAAUGCUUAGUGGUAGCAAUCUUUCACUAUUAUUAUCUAGUGCAGAUCCAUGUUAUUGGCUACGUAUUUGUCUGUUUGUAGAGUUGGGAAACAUGCUGUACAAAUAACGGGACAUAGUGAGCGUAUAUGAGUGCACCUGUAGUGAGACCAUGACUGGCUGCCACUGCAUGUAAGACAUAUUUCACAACCGAUUAUAUGGAAAAAGAAUCCGGCAGGAUGAUAGACCCCCCAAAAAAAAAUAAAAAUAAACACACAUACGCAGACAAAAACAUAACAAAACUGGGCUGGGCCUUGUCUCACAAUCAACUGGAUUGAUUAAUUGUACCUGGGGAGAUCUAUUUUAAUAAGAUAUAAGCUGUGUAAACGUUUAUCAGCAUCUGUAUUACUAAGCUUUUCAGUAAAUUCUAUUUUUACUACCUCAUGUAGUCAGAACUUUGUUCCAUUCUUAAUAAAAUCAUUGAAAGUA